UUUUUAUUGACCAUCAAUUACGUUAUACAAUCCUGCCUUUCAGCAUCACUGAGUCUUAUUUCAAUCUGUACGAAUGCGCCCAAUUCCACGAUGACUCGUUGACAUAGCACGGUUGCUGAUUGAUCGAGGCCCACCCUGCCUGCUGCAUUUAGCAGAAAAAAGACUGGGCCCUACCAAUUAUAUUUCACCUCCGCACCUGCCUCAAUUCACCUUAGUCACAAAAAGGCCAAUCGUCUAAUAAUUGUUUAUACCAAUCGUUAAUAAGCCUCACGCUCAACUCUACAUCCCAGCCUUAUGUCCAAGCCCAGUAACACGGUGCAUCUUUACGCUGGUUUCAGUGGGGGUCUCACGUCCUCAUUGCUUCUCCAGCCGUUAGAUUUGUUGAAGACACGGCUCCAGCAGUCUAACGGCGCCACCUUGACGAAGGAGCUUAGGAAAAUCACCAACAUCCGCGAAUUGUGGAAGGGGACGUUGCCAUCCUGUGUCCGUACUUCGGUGGGCAGCGGCCUUUACUUAUCGUGCUUGAACGUUUUGCGCACCAAUCUCGCGGCAUACCAUCAGAAACACGACCUAGUACCCGUGAGACAGACCUCCAGCAGCACGCUCCCGAAGCUCACGAUGCAAGAAAACUUGGCCACGGGGGCCCUCGCCCGAAGCAUCAUAGGCUUCUGUACCAUGCCCGUGACCAUCCUCAAAGUCAGAUACGAGUCGACGUUGUACAAUUACACCUCGAUCAACCAGGCGGUGCGAUCUAUUUACUACGCCCAGGCGCCGGGCGAAAGCCUCACCGCGAUGCGUGGUAGUCUCCGCAACUUCUUCAAGGGCUACUGGGUGACGACCGCCAGGGACGCGCCUAAUGCCGGACUCUAUGUCUUGUUCUACGAGAAGUUGAAACUGCUAGCGCCGAAAUUCCUUGCCCACGAAGACUCUGCCAUGUUCAGUACCUCGACAUCUGCCAUGAUCAACUCCGUCGCGGCCUUCACCUCCUCGUGCUUAUCGACCGCAAUCACCGCGCCGUUUGAUACUAUCAAAACGCGGCUUCAGUUGUUGGGCGACACCAAGAACGGCAGAAUCACCACCAGUAGACAGGUCCUCGUGCACAUCUUGACGAAGGAGCGCUUCGUGAACUUGUUUGACGGUUUGAGCAUGCGCUUGCUUCGUAAGGGCCUUUCGGCGGGUAUUGCGUGGUGUAUCUACGAGGAAUUGGUUAAGUUGAGUGCAACCACUAAUAGUCAGGAAACUGUCUUGAAGGGCUAAGGAAUAAGGUUUUGUAUAUAGAGAAGGCUUGUAUAUAGAAAAAUAAGUAAAAUUUCAAUGGAAAAUAGGAUACGUU